AGCAUGACAACUUGUGUUGACACUUCGGUAAAAUGACAUAAAAAUAUUAUUCAUCGCCAAAAUCAUGGAUUUUAAUAAAAAAACUACACUUUUCCGUUUAAUUAUCAUAAGCAGCGUCUUGAUGAUUGGAAAUGGAAUCCGAACAAAAGACAAGAUGUACGAGAACAUUGACGCGUCCAAGGCCUGUUUCCGGCGCCUAAACGCGACGCACCAAAUCGGCUGCACUUCCGAGCGUGGUGGCUCCACCGGAGCCAUCCACUUCUGCGCCUCGCAAAGCGACCUGGACUUCAUCAUCAAGAACGGGACGGCGCCCCCUUACGUCCCCAUCAUCCCCACCAACCUAUUCACCUCCGAAAACAUCGCACGUUUGAAAAAAACGCCAAAAAUCUCCGGCCUUCUGGUCUACCCCAGCGAAUCGCCCCUCCAACACUUCACCCACGAGCAGCAGUGCCCCAACCCCGCGUCCAGCCUCCCCGGGAGCUGCAAAGCGACCAACGUCUGGAACCCCCACGGCACGGGGCUCCUCUACCACGAUAUACCAUUCCCGGUGUUUUACGUCGAAAGUGUCGAGAGUCUCACUUUUGCGAAAGAAUGUUUCGAAAAAUACAACAAUUUCUCGUUCGGGGGGCAACGGGACAGGUCUUUAUGCUCCCUACAGUUGCUUUCGUUCAUGUACGCGGCCACCAACAGCUCGACUUGUAUCAGGCGCUCGAACGCGUUCACUAACUUAAACCCGGUGCGGUUUUGCGACCCGUUGGGCGACCAGAACGUGUGGGCCGCCCUGUACCCCCUUGUCAAGGGGGCCAACUUAACCGAACCGAACCGCAACGCCAAGUAUAUCAUUGUGGGGGCGCGCCUGGACACCACCUCGAUGUUUGAUAAGACAGCAGGGGCGGUGUCGCCAGUUACGGGGCUCGUUGCACUUUUAGCCACCGCAAAAUUACUCAAAGAAAUGACGACUAACGAUAAUAAUUAUGAAAAAAAUGUGCUUUUUGUGAUUUUUAACGGGGAGACGUACGAUUAUAUCGGGUCGCAACGUUUUGUUUACGAGCUUUUGAGGGGGAAAUUCCCGGCCAAGUCGGGGGAUUACCUGCCUGAGAUUACGAUCGAUGAUAUUGAUUUGUUUGUGGAGUUGAGUCAAUUAAACUGGACUGAAACUGUGGUGGCGCAUUAUUUAAAUAAACCGAGUGAUUUUCUCUUGAAAUUGUAUGCCAACAAAGGGGGGCUCAAUUUGGACGAGGCGAGCGAUGGGUUGCCCCCCGGGUCGCUCCACACGUUCCUCAAGAACCGGACCGAACUCCCCAGUUUAAUUCUAACCGAUCAUAGAAACGGUUAUUUGAAUAAUUUUUAUAAUUCGAUCUACGAUAACGCGACGAAUUUGAAUUACGUUUAUUUGAAUUUGAGCAAAAGUAGUGAUAGUGUUGUCGGUGAUAAUAUUCAGAAACAUAUUCAAAACGUGUCGACAAUGCUCGCCAAAAGUCUGUACAGUGAGAUUACUUCAAAGUCGUAUUUUGGUGAAAAAAUCGCCGAUUUGCAGUUUAUAGAUGAGUUGUUUUAUUGUUAUCUUGAGGAUUCGAAUUGUCGGGUGCACCAAGCGAUUCAGAAAUUGGAGUUGAGGCAACAACCGCUUUCGUUGUACAUUGGGGUGGAGUUGGCCCCGCAUUUUAUUACAACGUUGGUGGGGUUGACUUUGGGGUGGGUUACGGGGGAUGUGGUGGGGGAGGGCAAUGCCAAUUGUACCAACGAACCCAAAAACUAUGCUUUGCGUUACUACAACAUGUCUCAGAGUCUCGAUGAUCUCAAUACGACCCUGUGCUACCGCAUCACGAUGAAUUUCACUGAAGCCGUAAGCCCGGCUUUUAUAAUCGAUGGUUACGAUUGGUCUUCGGGCCAGUACAGUACUUGGACCGAAUCGACUUGGGGCGACAUUAAGUUACGAAUUUUCCUCAAACCGUCCGCCGCCCACGAAAACAUGACCAUUGCAAUCGGGUCGAUCGUUUUUAUUUUCUCAUUAAUUUUCGUCUACUUCGUAAAAUCAAGAUCACACAUUUUAUUCGCCCCACAACUACCAACACUAGCUCCGACUAAUUGUUAAUUGUGAUAUAACUUAUUCUUUUUUUUAAUAAAUAAUUACAAGCU